AUGGAGCCGGAGGUUGUCGGACGGAAGGCUGAGGAACGUAGCGAUUCCGAAGCCGGCCCGGCGCGAACAAACCUAGACCUCGUUGUGGACUUCAUGAGCUCUAUGGAGGUAAAACGACCCGAGGUGCUACGGUGCACUUCUGCCUGGGAAGCAAUCUGGGCAGUGGCCCUAUCUGACAUGACUGCAGUCAAUGCAGAUCGUCUUUUUGCCCGGAGUGCGCCGACACAGCGCAUAACCCAGUUCUGGUCGCACUCCUGGCACGGCAGCAAACGACAGAAGCUUUGCGCAUUGCUGGUCGUGAACAACGGGUUGGCAGCCCUUUGCGCUGGGACCUGCGCGGCUGUGCUGUCAGCUUUCUUCCUGUCGGCCGCAAUGGGGCCCACGGGCAUAGAAGAGGGGGAGACAGAGACUACUCUCCAGGGGCAGUACCAUCGAAUUUAUGCGACUUCACGCCCGCAAGCAAUUGCAAGCAAUCUGUUCGGCUUGCUUGUUGCCAUUUUGUGCUUGCUGCUCUGGAGGCCGGGGACCUCUGUCUUUCUCGACCGCGUGUGUGUUCAUCAAACCGACCGUGAACUGAAACUGGCGGGUCUUGUAAGCAUGAGCGCCUUUUUGAAGCAGUCUAAAGUAAUGACGGUAUGGUGGGACGCAACAUAUUCCAGCCGUCUGUGGUGCUUGUUUGAGAUUGCGGCGUACCUGAAAAGCCACAGCAGCCAGGAGACGAGACUAUCGGUCAGACCCGUUGUCCUAGGCCCAUUGGCGAUGGGCGUCUUUUUGGGGUUUUCGUUUGCAGUGCUUGGGGUAAUGCUUCUCCCGAGAGCUGGCACGCAGAGCGGGACAAUACUCACCCGGAUCGCGAUGACCACUGUGGCGGGUUCCGCUGCCUUGUGGUAUCCACUAUCUGCUUUGCGGAGCUUCUACCGCUCAAUAGACACGAUGCAAGCGCAGCUGCGCGACUUUCGCAUGGACAGUGCGACUUGCUACUGCUGCACCAGUGGACAUGAGAAUCGGAUGCUAUGCGAUCGUCAAAUCAUUGAGCGAUGCAUUGUGGAAUGGUUUGGUUCUGUGGAAAACUUUGAGCAGACCAUACAGACGACUGUGUCCAGCGCCCUCGCUCAGCAGCUAGGGAAGUUUGCUUUCCCGAUGUCUUGGAUGUGGGGUUGCUCAUGUCCGCUGUUGUGGACCUUUCUUGCCCCAGCUCUCCGCCAACCGCUUAUUGGAAGCUUCUUCAUCCUGGGCUGGAUCUUUGCUGUUCCAGUGAUUUUCAUGAUUGGUGCCUCGCUUGCCUACAAGCUGCGUGGACAGCGGCUCAACUGUUGGCUUGAUGGGGUUUCCACCCUCGUGUGCGCAUUAGCGUGUGUUUUCAGCUACAUGGGCAUGGAGACGCUUGCAGGCGUCUUGUCCAGCGCACUGCAGACGUAUUGGACGAGCGUCGCGGCCUUCGCUGCAUCGAUGUUUCUGAUCAUGCUUAGCCUUUGGUGUUGCUGGCAGGGGGGCUCUCUUGACAGGAUCAGGAUGAAUCCGCAUAAGGCGCCAGUCAACAACGAGGUGCCUCCAAGGAUUCUGAGUCUCUGA